UUUCUACCCAUCGAUUCGCGUUCGUUGUCCUCCCUCCGUCUCCCCGCCCCACCGCCUUUCCGAUGCAUAUUUCUCGUAGGGAGAUGGUGCCAUUCGUUUCCCGUCUCCCCCUCCCUUAGCUGUCAACACCCUCUCGCCCGACCCGGCUAGCCGUUCGCGAGCAUAGUUUGUCUCUUCCUCUCUCUGCGGCCGCCGUCCUCUCGAGACCAUGGCAGAUCACGACGAAGACAAAGACAAAGGCAAGGGCAAGGGCAAGGACGAGGACCGAGGCCAGGGCCAGGGCCAGGGCCAGGGCCAGGACCAGGACGCCGGUGCUUCGCAUGCGCCUCCCGAUACCCAGCCGUCGCUGCAGAUGACGUGCAAUCUCCCCGAGUGGGAAACUAUCACCCAUCCCCCGAAGCCUCGCCAGUCGUUCAUCGGCCGAAUUCUACCCAUCAGAAGCGACUCAGAUGAGCCUAUCGCCAUGAUGGCCCCCCUGGCCGCCGCUCCGGACAGUGCUCAGUCAAAGGAGGUGCCUGGCCGAGCUACCGUUCUCCCCCUCUACCAAGUCGCUGCUGCCGGACCCGUGCCCGCAAAGCCCACCCUCAUGACUUCGCUCAAGACCCGAUUCAACGCGAGGUUUCCGCCGUACCGAAUCUACUGCUGCGGGCUCUCGAGACGGGCCUUGCUCCUCUGCCUCGUCCUCCCCCUCGCCAUUCUUCUAUUCAUAGUUGCCCCGCUGGCCAUUGGCCUUGGCGUGGGUCUCACACGUCGCUCGUCCGACGCGCGUGCCUCCAGCGUGGACUUGCCGCUCCCGGGGAACAGAGGUACCUUCACCGGCGAGCUGAUCUACACUUCGCCCGGUUUCGGCCCUGGUACCACCGGCACAUGGGGCGUAUGCGGUGUCAUGCUGGACGUAACCGACUACGCUGCCUCUGUGUCACAUCUCAUCUUCGAUGCCGUAGACGAGCAGUACGGUACAGUUGCGGAUCGGACCAACCCUCUAUGCGGCAUGCAAAUCAGGGUUACGAGGGAUGCCGAUGCGACGGGGGUGGGUAAUCUAACCGUCACCGUCACCGUCGUAGAUCGCUGUGUCAACUGCAUGGCCACGGACCUCCGGUUGAGCGCGCUCGCAUUUUUUCAGUUAGAUCCCGAAUAUUUUGACACCAUGGUAGGCAACUGGACCUGGGUGCAGUGAAGGGCACGGUCUAGCAUGGUUAUCGGGGCAUCGAGGGAGACGGAGAAUUAGGCAUUGGUCGGAAGGGGGACAGGAGGCACCGUUGCGUGCCCACGGACAUAGCAUCUG